AAGAAAUUAAAUUAGGCCUAGACAAAGCUGCAAGAGUUUAGCCAAGCAUUAAGUCACUAAUUCUUUUUUUGAAAUUUAAUUUAGACGUAGACUCUAGAUUAUAUGCGUCAGUAGUAAACUAGACAGUCUAUUAGUAUUUUCGUUAAAGCAGUGAACAACACGAUGUCAAAAUGCAGAGAUAUCUUAAUAAUACAGACGGGUGGCACUAUCGACAAAGUCUAUCCUCAGCUGCCUGAAUCAUGUCGAUUGAACUUUGGAGAACCUGCAGUAGUCAAUAUAUUAGCACGCAAUGCCCCUUGCUUUCCUUAUAAUGUACAGACAGUCUGCACGAAAGAUAGCUAUGAAAUAACCGAGGAGGACAGAGAAGACAUCUUGCGAUAUGUUGUAGAGGCGGACCAAGAGCUUGUGCUGAUCACUCAUGGCAUGACUACCAUGUGCGAGACAGCUAAAUAUUUGGUUCACGCUGGUGUCGGUCAAGGCAGUAAAUAUGGCCCAGGGGUUGGUCAAAAGAUUGUUGUUCUGACUGGCGCCAGCAAGCCUGAAUGCAUGAAGGACUCUGAUGCAGACUUCAAUAUUGGCCUGGCAUUGGGGUUCCUGCAGGGCUCAUCAAACCCAGGAGUUUUUGUUGCAGUGGAGGGGAGUGUCGUUCCUGGGGCCCAUGUCGUUAGAACAAAAGAAGGAAAGUUUGUUGACGACAGGGACCUGUUGAAAAGAUUUUAAGUGCCACACAAACAGACUUUGCAUGAGAAAAGAAUGUUUUAAUUAGCAGAUAUAGUACCAUUUGUUUGAACUAGGGUGAGAUAAAUGUGUUUUAUAAACACAGUCAUGGCGUAAUCGAAUUUGAUUUAUAAAAAAGUCAUUAUUCAGGGAUUGAUUUGUUUAAAAAAUGAUGUGUAAAAGAAAGUAUAGUCCAUUUAAAACUAAUAACUUACAGUGGGGUGUUGUUCAAAAUGUCAAUUUAUUUUGUUUUUUUCUAGAAAGUUGAGAAAGUAAAAUAUUAUUUGAAUCUCUUUUUGUACAUUUCCAUUAUUUUGUUUCCUGUUGUGAAAGAUUUUGUUGGAAUAUCUUCUUGUAUACUUCCAUUAUUUUGUUUCCUGUGGUGAAAGAUUUUGUUGGAAUAUCUUCUUGUAUACUUCCAUUAUUUUGUUUCCUGUGGUGAAAGAUUUUGUUGGAAUAUCUUUCUGUACAUUUCCAUUAUUUUUUUUCCUGUAGUGAAAGAUUUUGUUGGAAUAUCUUCUUGUAUACUUCCAUUAUUUUGUUUCCUGUGGUGAAAGAUUGGAAUAUCUUCUUGUAUAUUUCCAUUAUUUUGUUUCCUGUGCUGAAAGAUUGUAUUGAUGUGUUUUCUCGUACUUUUCCAUUGUAUUUUUUCCUGUUGUGAAAGAUUUGGUUAAUGUGUAUGCCUGCUUAUGGUAAUUUUUCAUAUUUGCUAAAUUUGAUGUUGGAAUGUUAUUUUUUAUACUUUCUUUUGUUACAAUUUGAUGAGCUACAUUUGUUUUAUAAAACUGUUAUAUUAAAU